AUUCCGCAAGGCCAAGGCAAGAACACACCGCAUUCCCAUAAUCAAGCAAAGCUAGCUCUCGCAUAUGAUUUGAGAGAAAACAUGAUCCAAGGUUGUUUCAGCCAACCCGGCUCACCAUCAAGCAUCUCUCAAGUGCCUCAGAAUCUCGUAACCUGUACAUACCAAACCCAACUAUGCAAUUCACCGACCUAUCUCACCCUCAGUUGGUCCAGCACACUUUUCUCUCGUUCCUUACUCUUAUGUUCCGCGGACAUCUUCUCCAUCACCGUUUCUCUCAACCCUUCAACCUUUUCUCUCUUCAAAACACGACCGGGAUCAAAAUCCAUAUAUCUCAGUCAGCCCCACCAACGUGUCCGGAAAAUCAAGCUCUUCUGGGACUUUUCUCGAGCAAAUUACAAUCAUAACUCUGCUGAGCCAGAGUCAUGCUUCUACUUGGCAGUUGUCAGGGAUGGAAAACUCGAAUUCUUUCUCGGUGAUCUUUUCGACGAUUUGACAAGGCGUUCCAACAGGCUGAUCACAACCCACAAGCCCCCUGAACCGGUUCUACUGUCCAGGAGAGAACAUGUGUUCGGAAGCAGGAGCUACAAAUCGCUAGCUCAAUUCUUGGGGUCCAAACACGAAAUAGAAAUCGAAUGCGAUGAGGGUGUGCUCAAAGUAAAAGUGGAUGGCCAGACUAGUCUGGUUGUGAAAAGGCUGUCCUGGAAAUUCAGAGGGAAUGAGAGAAUCUUGAUCGAUGGGAUUGAAGUCGAGUUCUUCUGGGAUGUGUUCAGUUGGGUGAACAGCAAUAACGGCCAUGGUGUUUUCGUGUUUCAAGUAGGAGACGGCGGGGUGCUGCCGGAAAUGGUGGGUCCAGAGAAGAAGUUAAUGAGGAAGAGCCUGCCGUCGGGAGCGACGACGGCGCCAUCGAUGACAUCGUUGUCGGCGUCGCCAUCGAGCUCUAGUGUGUUACAGUGGACGGAGGAGAGCAGUGACGGAGGGAGGAGCUCGUGCUCUUCAUCGACGAAGUCGUGCGGGAGUAAUGGCGGAUUCUCUUUGUUGCUGUAUGCUUGGAGCAGGGAUUAGAAUCCGAAAUGGAAACAAACCACACAGUUCAUUGCAAGGCUUAACCAUUUGAAUUCAGGAGCAACUGUUUAUCGAUUCUUUGCAUGCCUUUUCAAAUUUUAAUGGCUCUGUUCUGGAGUGCAACUUUUUGUUCAUCUUUUGUACACCAUGUUGCAGGUUUAUUUUCUCUGGCCCAUAA